AUAUGGAGGCAACCAGUUCAGUAAAGGAAAGAGAACACCUGUACAGACUGAUAGUUAGUCAGUUACGUUAUGAUGGUUACGAAUCUGCUGCUUCUAAUUUAGCUCGUAACUUCAGUGCCUACCCUCCCUGCGCCCCAUCAUCUCGUCUAUCUCAUCUUGUGAGACUAGGGAACCAAAUGGAGGGAGAAGCUAGUAAGCCGGAUCACAGUGACGUAUUGUCACACAUUAGUGGGCGGGGCAUCAUGGACUUGGAAUUUGAGAGUGACGAGAAGAUUAUGUCCCCUCCUGCCCAUAGACACGAGUUAGGCUAUGUAACGUCGCAUAAAGGACCUGUCCUCUGUUCUAAUUUUAGCCACGACGGUAGACUGGUAGCAACAGGCUCUGCUGAUAUGUCCAUUAGGAUACUAGACGUUGAUCGAAUGGCCACUAAAAGUACUGUCGGCCAGCAAGACCCUCACCCUGUCAUUAGAACCCUCUAUGAUCACUCAGACGCUAUUCUCUCCCUCUCGUUUCAUCCGACCGUAUCAGUAUUAGCUUCAGGGAGUCGAGAUAAUUUUAUAAAGUUCUUCGAUUAUUCGAAACCCUCAGUGAAGAGAGCUUAUAGGUCUGUGAUUGAAGUGGCUAGCGUAAGGUGCUUAACUUUUCAUCCGUCAGGGGAUUAUAUAUUAGUGGGGACUGAGCAAAGCACAUUGAGAUUAUAUGAUGCUAACACGUUUCAAUGUUUUGUGUCGUCUGAUGCCAGAGAUCAGCACUCCUCAUCUAUUAACUCGGUACAUUAUUCAGUGGAUGGGAAGAUGUAUGUGACAGCUAGCAGUGACGGCAGCUUAAAAGUGUGGGAUGGUGUCAGUAAUCGUUGCAUUAAUACGUUCAAAUCUGCUCAUGGUGGAGAGCCAGUGGGUUCAGCAAGACUGUCAAAGAAUUCAAAGUUUGUUUUGACUAGUGGAAUGGAUGGAUACGCUCGAUUAUGGGAACUAUCAUCAGGCAAUUGUCUCAAUAAUUACAAACCUAAUAAAAUCAGUAAGCCCCAGUUCUUACCCACGGCAGUAUUCUCUCACACUGAAGAUUAUGUACUGAUGGGAGAAGAACAUCAAAAUAUGAUAUUCUGUUGGGAGACAAGGACAACUCAGUCAUACAAACCAUUAUUCACUUCUCAUCAAGGUCCUGUUAGAACUCUCUGUCACAGUCCAUUGGUCCCUGCAUUCAUAACUGGGGGAGAAGAUUGUAAAAUAAGGUUCUUCUGUUGCAAGGACCGCCAGAACUAAUUUUACAGAAAAA